UCUUGGGAUUAAAUGUAUGGUUUUCAAAAGGUGUUCCUAAAUGUACAAGUGCAGGUGAACCCUAGAAUGUGAAGUUCUCAUUUUCAUGAUGAUCAGAAAUCAAACAAAAAUUGCUGAAUUUGUCCUUCUGGGAUUUGGGGAAUACAGUAAAGCACAGUCACUUCUUUUCCUGAUUUUCCUAGUAAUUUAUGCUGUAUCUGUAACUGGAAACACUCUCAUUGUGGCAUUAGUUAUCUUUGAUCGCCACCUUCAUACACCCAUGUACUUCUUCCUGGGGAACCUUUCUUUCUUGGAGGUUUUCUACAGCUCCAAUAUAUUUCCAAGGUUGCUUCUUGCUCUUCUUAUUGGAAACAACAUUAUUUCAUUUAGCAGCUGUUUCACACAGUGGUAUCUCUUUGGUUCCUUAGAGGCUACAGAAUGUUGCUUACUGUGUGCAAUGUCUUAUGACCGAUAUCUAGCUAUCUGUAAACCACUGCACUAUGCAACAAUUAUGAAAGCCCGAACUUGUAUCCAAUUAGUUGCUGCAUCUUGGGUCAGUGGAUUUAUAACUAUUGUGACAUUAUUUCAUCUCAUGUUACAACUAACGUUUUGUAGCUCAAAUGAAAUGGAUCACUAUUUUUGUGACUACUUCUCAGUUCUUAAUCUCUCUUGCACUGAUACUAGCUUGAUAGAAAUUAUGGGUUUUAUUAUGGCUGUCCUAUUCACACUUCCACCUUUUCUCUUAACUCUGAUCUCUUACAUAUAUAUCAUAGCUGCUAUAUUGAAAAUUUCUUCUACUACUGGAAGACAGAAGGCUUUUUCUACCUGUUCCUCUCACUUGGUUGUGGUUUCCAUUUUUUAUGGUUCACUCAUGAUUGUGUAUAUGCUACCAAAGAAUGAUGUCAAUAGAAAAAUGGAAAAAAUAUCCUCUCUGUUAUACACAGUUUUGCCCCCUCUCACCAAUCCUUUCAUAUACAGCUUAAGGAAUAAGGAAGUCAAAGAGGCACUGAGAAAUAACAUUAGAAAACUUGUGCAAUGCAGAGUAAAGUCUCCAAAGCUAAUUAAUAUAAUAAAGAUAUAAUAAAAAGGACAUAUAACAUAAACUUCUUUUCUCAAGCUUAAGCUUGACAAAAGAAUAGAAUAGAAUAGAAGAGAAGAGAAGAGAAGAGAAGAGAAGAGAAGAGAAGAGAAGAGAAGAGAAGAGAAGAGAAGAGAAGAGAAGAGAAGAUACUUUAUUUGGCUAUUGUGAUUAGAUGCACAAGGAAUUUGUCUCUGGUGAAGAAGCUCUCAGUGUGCAUGCAAAGCAACAGAAUAGUGAUAAUCAUAAUAAUAAGAGCGUGUAGUAGAGAAGAUUGGAAGGUUAAUAAUACUACUACAGUGGAUGAAUCUACUUAGACAUAAGACUGUAUUGUGUAGAUUAGAUGUUCAUCAGAAUGAUGGCAUGAAAGAAAAAAAAAUGUCCCUGUUGUUUUGGCAUGUAAAGCCCUAUAGCAGCAUCCCAAGUAAAAAAGAUUAUGCCUGGGAUGUGAGCGAUCUAUGGUUAUUUUCUCAGCUCUCCUUCUGAUCCAAUCACUAUACAGGUCUUUUAUGGAAGGCAGGCUGGUUGCAAUUAUUUUUUCUGUUGUCCUUACUAGCCAUUGGAGUCUGUAACUGUGCUGUUUAGUUACUGUACCAAACUAAACAGUUAUAGAAGUACAAAUGACAGAUUCAGUCAUUCCUGUACAGAACUGUAUUAACAGCUCCUGGGACAGUCUGAAUUUCUUAAGUUGAUGCAGGAAGAGCAUUCUUCCUGCAUCAACAACAGAAAGAAUAUGACUAGUUAUAUAUAGGAAAAAAAACUGCAUAUGUAAGGGAACUGCAUAUGGGGUCCUGAAAGGCUCUACAUAGUAAUGGGCUUAACAGUAUCCAUCUCUAUGCUGUAAUAUCCCAGUAGACAUUUAAAAUCACUGUGGCUAAAUAUGAUUACCACAAAUAUGAAGGGAAUCUCCCUGUAGUGUAAUGAAACUCAACAGUCGUAAUUUGUCUUUGUUUCUGAUUAUUAUUAAAUAAUAAUCAUUAUUUAAUGAUAAUAAUAUUUUUCCGUAUAUCUACAUAAGAGGUUACAUUUGUUUUAUGUGUAUUCUUUCUAAUAUACUUAAUUUCUGUUUUGCAUAAUAAAUGAAUUUGGAAAGCA